CGGGGUGGGGGAUGAGGCUGGUGAGCUGGAACGUGAACGGGCUCCGAGCUGGGGCGGGUCCUGCAGGGCUGCGGCGCCUCCUGGACUCGCUAGGCGCCGAUGUCGUCUGCCUCCAAGAGACCAAGAUCACCCGGGACCUUCUGGAGGAGCCAUUGGCUAUAGUAGAGGGGUAUAACUCCUACUUCAGCUUCAGUCGCACCCGCAGUGGCUACUCAGGUGUUGCCACAUUCUGUAAGGUCUGUGCCACACCGGAGGCCGCGGAGGAGGGCCUGUCUGGGCUGCUCACCAAGCAAGAAGGAGCAGUUGGUUGCUAUGGAGACACACAGGACUUCACACCUGAGGAGCUGCAGGCACUGGACAGUGAGGGCCGGACUGUGCUCACCCGCCAUCGUAUUCGCACCUCGGAACAGCAGGAGACCAUGCUGACAAUCAUCAAUGUAUACUGCCCCCGUGCUGACCCGGAAAAGCCAGAGCGUGGAGAUUUCAAGCAGCGCUUCUAUCGCCUCCUACAGGCCCGGGCAGAGGCUCUUCUCAGAGCUGGAGGGCAUGUGGUCAUCAUGGGAGACAUCAACACUGCACACAAGCCCAUCGACCACUGUGACCCAGGAGAUCUGGAGUCCUUCUGGGACCACCCUGGGCGCCGCUGGCUGGAUAGCUUCCUGUGGGAACCAGGCAAGGAUUCCCAGGAUGGGAAAUGCUUUGUGGACACAUUCCGCUUUCUCCACCCUACUCAGGAUGAUGCCUACACCUGCUGGUGCAACGUGACAGGGUCUCGGCACCUCAACUAUGGCACCCGCAUUGACUACAUCCUGGCUGAUCAUGUCCUGGUCACAUCAGAGCUGAAAGACGCCCAGCUCAUGCCUCAAGUGUUGGGCUCUGACCACUGCCCUGUACAGGCCGUGCUGAAAGGUGUCUUCCUGGCUGCUCCCCGCUGCCCACCCCUCUGCACCCGCUUCCUGCCUGAGUUUGCUGGCACCCAGCAGAAGCUCAGCCGCUUCCUGGUGAAAGUGGAGCGGACUGGCUUGCCAGAGAAGGGGCAAAAACGGGGUGGGGCCGAGCCAAGCAUAGUGGGGGAUUCCAAGAAGAGACGGGCAGGCCGAAUGCAGAAGGGGCAAGGGGAUUUACGUAGUUUCUUCAAAGCGCCUAACAGCCAAGCUGGGGUCACUGGUGGUGCUAGUUGCCCAACGACAGAGAACAUGAUACAGAGGACAACAGAGGAUUCUGGGAACGGAUCUGUUGCCAUGGCUGAUGGAGAUGGGGUAGAGGAAGUUGUUGGUUCCUCUAACACAGCUAUUGAGAGUUUGAGAAAGAAGCCAAAGGUGGGUGGAGAUGGAGAAGCUAAGAAUUGUGGGAAUGCUGCUGCUGCUUUAUGGAAGUCGUUGCUGUCAGGCCCUGCUCCCCCACCCCAGUGCAAAAGCCACGGGGAGCCCUGUGUUUUGAGGACUGUGAAGAAGCAAGGGCCAAACUGUGGACGGCGCUUCUAUGUCUGUGCCCGGCCUCAAGGGAAGCCUUCUGAUCCCCGUGCACGCUGCGACUUCUUCAUGUGGGCCGAUCGAGGAAAUCCUUGAAUUAGAAGGUGAAUUUAAAUGAGAAGAUGCUUUUGGCUGCUAAUGGGAAAAGAAUAGCAUGACUUCUGCUUGGGGAUCAAGAUUGGUCCACCUCCCAGGAAGGAGCCACUUUCUGGGGCCCAGGCUACAUGCCAAGUAGUCCAAGUGUUUUGUCCAGAAAUUUCUGUGGGAUCCAUCUGAAAAUUUGCACUGAUGCUGGAACACGCUUGGGGGCAGGGGCGGCUCUACAUUGAAUUCCUUGCAAGUUCUGAAGGCCUUGCUGGCAGACCAUGGGGAAAGAUUACUAUUUGAACAAAUCCACAGUAUUGUGAAGAUUUUGGUGCUACGGCUACCAAAGAGCUGGAAUUGUAUGUGCAGACCAGCUUGGCCUAUUCUGAACAUGCAAUUCUGAAUUGUACAAAUUCAGGGAUGUAGAUUUUCCUGUACUGUUGAAACUGUGACCAGUGCAAGUCGAUUGGGCCUCAUCAGCAUUAAAUGCUGCACUCAGUACGACUGUAGACAGUUUGUCUUCUCCCCCACCCCAUUGUUUCCACUCCCAGAUCUUUCCAUCCCUUUUUAAACCAAGUGUCAUAGCUGUGAGAGGCCUGUCAGUGCAUAGAAUUUGUGGAUAACCUCCUUUACCUUUACCUUGUUGGGGGGUGGGGGUGAGAAUUCCCACUUUUGAUAGAAUAAAAA